AUGGGCGCACGUAGGGGGACACUAAGGAGUGGGAAGGGCCGGAGAAGGGGGCCCGAAGAGGGUGGGUACCUUGAUGCCCACGGCCGAGCCCACAGCCCCACCUCCGACCGGAGCCGAGACUGCCAGGUGCAGGAAGUGGGGGCCUCACGCCCAACAUCAGAAACCGGAAUCUGGGUGACUGUCCAUGCCAUCUCUGUGGAAACCCCCAAGGAUGUUCUUCGGGCUGCUCGGGGAAAGAGUGUCACCCUUCCAUGCACGUACCAAACUGCCUCCCUCAACCGAGAAGGAUUUAUCCAAUGGGACAAGCUUCUAAGGACUCAUACGGAAAGGGUGCUCAUCUGGAAUUUUUUGACCAAAAGCUACAUCUACGGUAGACUUUAUGAGAACCGCGCCAGCGUGUCGAGCAACGCCGAGCAGUCAGACGCCUCCAUCACCAUUGACCAGCUGACCAUGGAUGACAACGGCACCUACGAGUGCUCCGUCUCGCUGAUGUCAGAUCUGGAGGGCAUCUCCAAGUCGCGCAUCCGCCUCUUGGUCCUCGUGCCACCCUCCAAGCCAGACUGCGGCAUCGAGGGAGACACUGUGAUUGGCAACAACAUCCAGCUGACCUGCCAAUCAAAGGAGGGCUCCCCAGCCCCUGAGUACAGCUGGAAGAGUUAUGAUGUCUCGCACAAGGAGCGUCAAGUCGCACCAGUCACAGGACAGGUCUUCUCUCUGAAGAACAUCUCCACAGAAAUGUCGGGUUACUACAUCUGUACCUCCAGCAAUGACGUGGGGACGGAGUCCUGCAACAUCACUGUGGCUGUCAGACCUCCCUCCAUGAACGUGGCCCUGUACGCGGGCAUCGCGGGGGGCGUGGCCGCGGCGCUUAUUAUCAUCGGCAUUAUUGUCUACUGCUGCUGCUGCCGGGAGACCCGCAAGGCCGAGGACACCGAGGUCGCGCGGCCGAAUCGGGCGGCCUACCGGGAGCCACCAGAGCAGCUGACAGAGCUUUCCAGAAGACAGGAAGAGGAGGGCCAGGAUGACUAUAGGCAGGAAGACCAGAGGGACCCCGGCCAAGAGUCCCCUGACCAGGCUGGCCGAUGA